CAUUAGUCAUGUUUCCCCGCACAACCUCGCCGGGACUUUCAAACGCGUUUCCCACUCCUCCUUCGCCGCUCGGUUAACACAGAACUUGAGCAUAGCCGUGCACAACUAUUUUCUGUUUGAAGCCUUGAUACUUCAGUUUGCUUGAAAAUGGUGCGGGCGCUCAAGCUAGUUGACCACUUUUGCAAGCUUGCAGUUGAGUCUUCAUCAUCAUCCAGUGGUCUGUUGGUCAACAUGCCAAUGUUGGUUAAAGAUAGCUUCUCAAAACCACGUACUAUUUCUUCAGUUCCGAGCAUUUCCACUUCUGGUGAGCCUCUCCCUUUUUCAGGACAACUUGGCCGAAUUUUUGCUAAUCACACAUUUUACAAGGGCAAAGCUGCACUACGUAUGGAGCCAGUAGCACCAGAGUUCUGUCCCUUGAAUGCAGGAGGGGAUUCUGGGGCUCUUAAAAUCUCAAGAGCAGGCACUCUUAUGCUUGAAUUUGCUCAUUCUGUUGGAGAACGAAAAUAUGAUUGGAAUAAGAAGCAGAUGUUUGCUUUAUCAGUGACUGAGCUUGGAUGCUUAAUAAGUCUGAGUCCAAAUGAGUCGUGCGAAUUCUUCCAUGACCCUUUGAUGGGUAAAAGUGGUUCAGGUAAAAUACAGAAAGUCUUGCAGCUGACACCGCGUCCAAAUGCCUCAGAUGCUUCAGGAUAUUUCAUUAGAUUAAAGGUUUCUAACAAGAUUGCGCAAAUUGAGGAGCAGUUCAAUAUGCCCAUUACAAAAGCUGAAUUUACAUUGAUGCGGUCCGCGUUCAAUUAUGUAUUGCCCUAUUUCUUGGGCUGGCACGCAUUUGCAAACUCCAUCAGUAUUAGGGAACAAGCAUCCACUGCCUCUGGUUGAUCUGGAACAUCAGAAAGUUCCAUCAUAAAUUACAUAAACUUGAUCAAUCCACAUUCAUUGCUUUUGCUAAGUCUGAGAUUGAAGUGAGUUCUGAUUUAGGGUAUUUAGCAGUGAGUAGAUUUUGGAGUUGUGGAGUAUCGUCCACAGCACAGCAUGCUAGCUCAAAUUCAAUUAUUGUAUAGGAAGUCUUCUGAAAGCUUUUGAAGUUGGACUAUUUUGAAUUCUUAGCAUACCAAGGCAAUGUUUGGUAAGAAAAGCAUUAAUUGUCUGUAGAUUGAUGUCUGAAAAAAUUACAAGAGUUAUAGGUAUCAAAUUUUGCUUA